AUGUCUCUACUAUGCGUUGGAGUCAAAAAAGCCAAGUUUGAUGGUGCCCAAGAGAAAUUCAACACAUAUGUGACGCUGAAGGUGCAGAAUGUCAAGAGCACGACCAUUGCCGUACGGGGCAGCCAGCCCAGCUGGGAGCAGGAUUUCAUGUUCGAAAUUAACCGCCUGGAUUUGGGGCUGACGGUGGAGGUAUGGAACAAGGGUCUCAUCUGGGACACGAUGGUGGGCACUGUGUGGAUCCCUCUGCGGACCAUCCGCCAGUCCAACGAAGAGGGCCCCGGAGAGUGGCUGACCCUGGACUCUCAGGUCAUCAUGGCGGACAGUGAGAUCUGCGGCACUAAGGACCCCACCUUCCACCGCAUCCUCCUUGACACCCGCUUUGAACUGCCCUUAGACAUCCCCGAGGAGGAGGCACGCUACUGGGCCAAGAAGCUGGAGCAGCUGAAUGCCAUGCGGGACCAGGAUGAGUAUUCAUUCCAGGAUGAACAAGACAAGCCUCUUCCUGUCCCCAGCAACCAGUGUUGCAACUGGAAUUAUUUUGGCUGGGGUGAACAGCAGAAUGAUGACCCUGACAGUGCAGUGGAUGAUCGUGACAGCGACUACCGCAGCGAGACAAGCAACAGCAUCCCGCCACCCUAUUACACUACGUCCCAGCCCAAUGCCUCGGUCCACCAAUAUUCUGUCCGACCACCACCCCUGGGUUCCCGGGAAUCCUACAGUGACUCCAUGCACAGUUAUGAGGAGCUCUCUGAGCCGCGGGCCCUCAGCCCCACAGGCAGCAGCCAUUACGCCUCCUCAGGGGAGCUGAGUCAGGGCAGUUCGCAGCUGAGCGAGGAUUUCGACCCGGAUGAACAGAGCCUGCAGGGCUCCGAGCUGGAAGACGAGCGGGACCGGGACUCCUACCACUCCUGCCACAGCUCAGUCAGCUACCACAAGGACGCGCCACGCUGGGACCAGGAUGAGGAUGAGCUGGAUGAGGAGCUGGACGAAGAGCUGGAUGAGGACCUGGAGGACUUCUUGGAGGAGGAGGAGGAGGAGGAGCUGCCUGAGGACGAGGAAGAGCUAGAGGACGAGGAGGAGGUGCCGGAUGACAUCCGAGGCUACGCUGAGCGCGAGGAGGUGGCCGUGGCCGAGCCCAAGGACUUCAAGCGUGUCAGCCUUCCACCCGCCACCACCAAGAAGGAGGACAAGGCCCCAGCCGUGCCCACCGAGGUCCCCGACAUAGCCAAGGUGGCCCCUGAGCCAGCCGCCCCUGAGGAGGCACCUGCAGCUGAGCAGGAGCCUCAGCCUGAGCCCCCCAAGGCUGAGGAGAGUUUCAGGCCACGAGAAGAUGAGGAAGGCCAAGAGGGUCAGGACUCCAUGUCUAGGGCCAAGGCCAACUGGCUGCGAGCCUUCAACAAAGUGCGGCUGCAGCUGCAGGAGGCCCGGGGAGAAGGAGAGAUGUCCAAAUCCCUGUGGUUCAAAGGCGGCCCUGGCGGUGGUCUCAUCAUCAUCGACAGCAUGCCAGACAUCCGCAAGAGGAAGCCUAUCCCACUCGUGAGCGACCUGGCCAUGUCUCUGGUGCAGUCCAGAAAAGCAGGCAUCACCUCGGCCUUGGCAUCCAGCACUUUGAACAACGAAGAGCUGAAAAACCACGUUUACAAGAAGACCUUGCAAGCCUUAAUCUACCCCAUCUCGUGCACGACGCCGCACAACUUCGAGGUGUGGACGGCCACCACACCCACCUAUUGCUACGAGUGUGAAGGGCUAUUGUGGGGCAUCGCGCGGCAGGGUAUGCGCUGUACCGAGUGCGGUGUCAAGUGCCACGAGAAGUGCCAGGACCUGCUCAACGCAGACUGUCUGCAGCGGGCGGCGGAAAAGAGCUCCAAGCACGGGGCGGAGGACCGGACGCAGAACAUCAUCAUGGUGCUCAAGGACCGCAUGAAGAUCCGGGAGCGCAACAAGCCCGAGAUCUUCGAGCUCAUCCAGGAGAUCUUCGCGGUGACCAAGACCGCGCACACGCAGCAGAUGAAGGCCGUCAAGCAGAGCGUGCUGGAUGGAACGUCCAAGUGGUCGGCCAAGAUCAGCAUCACCGUGGUCUGUGCCCAGGGCUUGCAGGCAAAGGACAAGACAGGAUCCAGUGACCCCUACGUCACCGUCCAGGUCGGGAAGACCAAGAAACGGACAAAAACCAUCUAUGGAAACCUGAACCCCGUGUGGGAGGAGAACUUCCACUUUGAAUGUCAUAACUCCUCGGACCGAAUCAAGGUGCGUGUCUGGGAUGAGGACGAUGACAUCAAAUCUCGCGUGAAGCAGCGGUUCAAGAGGGAAUCCGAUGACUUCCUGGGGCAGACGAUCAUCGAGGUGCGGACACUCAGUGGCGAGAUGGACGUGUGGUACAACCUGGACAAGCGGACUGACAAAUCUGCUGUGUCGGGUGCCAUCCGGCUGCACAUCAGUGUGGAGAUCAAAGGCGAGGAGAAGGUGGCCCCCUACCAUGUCCAGUAUACCUGUUUGCAUGAGAACCUGUUCCACUUCGUGACAGACGUGCAGAACAACGGGGUUGUGAAGAUCCCAGAUGCCAAAGGUGAUGACGCCUGGAAGGUUUACUACGAUGAGACAGCCCAGGAGAUUGUGGACGAGUUUGCCAUGCGCUAUGGCGUCGAAUCCAUCUACCAAGCCAUGACCCACUUUGCCUGCCUCUCCUCCAAGUACAUGUGUCCCGGGGUGCCUGCCGUCAUGAGCACCCUGCUUGCCAACAUCAACGCCUAUUACGCGCACACCACCGCCUCCACCAACGUGUCUGCCUCUGACCGCUUCGCAGCCUCCAACUUUGGGAAAGAACGCUUUGUGAAGCUCCUGGACCAGCUGCAUAACUCCUUGCGGAUUGAUCUCUCCAUGUAUCGGAAUAACUUCCCAGCCAGCAGCCCAGAGAGACUCCAGGACCUCAAAUCCACGGUGGAUCUUCUCACCAGCAUCACCUUCUUUCGGAUGAAGGUGCAAGAACUGCAGAGCCCACCCCGAGCCAGCCAGGUGGUGAAGGACUGUGUGAAAGCCUGCCUCAACUCCACUUAUGAAUACAUCUUCAACAAUUGUCACGAACUCUACAGUCGAGAGUACCAGACUGACCCGGCCAAGAAGGGGGAAGUUCCCCCAGAGGAACAGGGCCCCAGCAUCAAGAACCUCGACUUCUGGUCCAAGCUGAUCACUCUCAUAGUGUCCAUCAUUGAGGAAGACAAGAAUUCCUACACUCCCUGCCUCAACCAGUUUCCCCAGGAAUUGAACGUGGGUAAAAUCAGCGCUGAAGUGAUGUGGAAUCUGUUUGCCCAGGAUAUGAAGUAUGCAAUGGAGGAGCACGAUAAGCAUCGCCUAUGCAAGAGCGCUGAUUACAUGAACCUCCACUUCAAGGUCAAAUGGCUCUACAAUGAGUAUGUGGCAGAGCUUCCUGCCUUUAAGGACCGAGUGCCUGAGUAUCCUGCGUGGUUUGAGCCCUUCGUCAUCCAGUGGCUGGACGAGAAUGAGGAAGUGUCCCGGGAUUUCUUGCAUGGAGCCCUGGAGCGAGACAAGAAGGACGGGUUCCAACAGACUUCAGAGCAUGCCCUGUUCUCUUGCUCCGUGGUGGAUGUCUUCUCCCAGCUCAAUCAGAGCUUUGAGAUCAUCAAGAAACUUGAGUGUCCUGACCCCCAGAUCGUGGGGCACUACAUGAGGCGCUUUGCCAAGACCAUCAGUAAUGUGCUCCUCCAGUAUGCAGACAUCAUCUCCAAGGACUUCGCCUCCUACUGCUCCAAGGAGAAGGAGAAAGUGCCCUGCAUCCUCAUGAACAACACUCAGCAGCUGCGAGUUCAGCUAGAGAAGAUGUUCGAAGCCAUGGGAGGAAAGGAGCUGGAUGCUGAGGCCAGUGACAUCUUGAAGGAGCUACAGGUGAAACUCAACAACGUCUUGGAUGAGCUCAGCCGGGUGUUUGCUAACAGCUUCCAGCCACACAUUGAAGACUGUGUCAAGCAAAUGGGUGACAUCCUUAGCCAGGUGAAAGGCACAGGUAAUGUGCCAGCCAGUGCCUGCAGCAGCGUGGCCCAGGAUGCCGACAAUGUACUGCAACCCAUCAUGGACCUGCUGGACAGCAACCUGACUCUCUUUGCCAAAAUCUGUGAGAAGACGGUGCUGAAGCGGGUGCUGAAGGAGUUAUGGAAGCUGGUCAUGAACACCAUGGAGAAGACCAUCGUCCUGCCACCCCUCACUGACCAGACGAUGAUCGGCAACCUCUUGAGAAAACAUGGCAAGGGAUUAGAAAAGGGCAGGGUGAAAUUGCCAAGCCACUCAGAUGGAACCCAGAUGAUCUUCAAUGCAGCCAAGGAGCUGGGUCAUCUAUCUAAACUCAAGGACCACAUGGUACGAGAAGAAGCCAAGAGCUUGACCCCGAAGCAGUGUGCAGUUGUUGAGCUGGCCCUGGACACUGUCAAGCAAUACUUCCAUGCGGGUGGCGUUGGCCUCAAGAAAACCUUCCUGGAGAAGAGUCCAGACCUGCAGUCCCUGCGCUAUGCCCUGUCCCUCUACACGCAGGCCACCGACCUGCUCAUCAAGACAUUCGUGCAGACGCAGUCGGCCCAGGGCUCGGGUGUGGAAGACCCUGUGGGUGAAGUCUCCGUCCAUGUAGAGCUCUUCACUCAUCCAGGAACUGGGGAACACAAGGUCACAGUGAAAGUGGUGGCUGCCAAUGACCUCAAGUGGCAGACUUCUGGCAUUUUCCGGCCAUUCAUCGAGGUCAACAUCAUCGGGCCCCAGCUCAGUGACAAGAAACGCAAGUUUGCGACCAAAUCCAAGAACAACAGCUGGGCCCCAAAGUACAAUGAGAGCUUCCAGUUCACGCUGAGCGCCGAAGCGGGCCCAGAGUGCUAUGAGCUGCAGGUGUGCGUCAAGGACUACUGCUUCGCGCGCGAGGACCGCACAGUGGGGCUGGCCGUGCUGCAGCUGCGCGAGCUGGUCCAGCGCGGGAGCGCCGCCUGCUGGCUGCCGCUUGGCCGCCGCAUCCACAUGGACGACACGGGCCUCACGGUGCUGCGCAUCCUAUCGCAACGCAGCAACGAUGAGGUGGCCAAGGAGUUCGUCAAGCUUAAGUCGGACACGCGCUCCGCCGAGGAGGGCGGGGCCGCGCCUGCUCCCUAA